AAAUUGAGCUCCUCACAGCCCCCAAACCAGCCCCCACCCCAUCUCAGGGAUGGUCCCUACCCUUCAUGUGAAUGGAUCUGCAAGCCCAAGGCCUAAGGCCACUGGAAUCCAGCUCUAGCCAGCUUCUCUGGCAACCCACCUUCCUCUAGGCCCAAACCCACCCAUCUCCCAUACACAGUUGUCUGCUUCCCUAUGAGUCUGUGGCCAUAUCCUCCUCUGGGCCCCACUACUUUCAAGUUUCUUGCCCAGGUGAUUAAGGACGAUGCUGUCUGAGGCAGUUUCCUCCAGAGGUGACACUCCCCAACAGGUACCGUCUCGACUCCCGGCCUGCUCCCCACGUUCACUCCCCUGCCCUUGCCUUUGGAGUUUACUCUGCUGGGAUCAUGGUUCUCUGCCUGGUGUAAAGAACAUCCCUCCCUCUUUUUUUGUGUGUGACCCCAUCUCUUCCACUACUUGGGGGGGGCUGUGAUUUGGGGGCUACCCACUGUGGUGUGUGGAUUACUUGGGAACAGGGACAGAGGAUCAGGUACGCAGAGAACAUCUGUGGUUCUUCAGUGUUACAUUUUGAUGGUCUCUGUUUUAUGUCUCUGUUUCCAAGCCAUUCUACUCUGUUUUAUGGCUUUAUGACUGAUCACCCCUGCCCUGUGGUGAUAGGAAAAGAACAUUCACAGAGUCACUGGGGCAACUGGGGUAAAACUGGGGACUGAUGUAGGGAGUCCUCAGAUCCGAUACCAGAAAGCUUGAGAUCGGGAAACCAACAGUAUUUGUAGUGGGGAGGACCGGGGUGGGGGGUUGUGGGUAGGGCUGCAGAGAGGGGUCCAGUGGGCUGUGGGGCCCUUAAGGGUGUUCUUCUAGCUGUAACGCACGUGCCUCACCCCAGAGGUCCCUGCUGGAUAUUCCAGAACUGUUGGCUGAGGCGGAUAUGCUAAGGCACCUCCUGGCCCCUGGUUAAAGUGCCACCAUGGGAUUGGGUGUCACACAUUAACUGGUAGCACCCCAGUGCCUGGCAGAGGCAGCCAGCCCUUUUUGUCAGGCAAGCCCCAGGGCCCCAAGGGUCAGUUUCUGGUCAGUUUCAGGGACAUUUGAAAAGGUCUGAUUGGAGGGAGGGAGUCCCCUAUGGGGACACCCAUCUGUAAUGGGGACCUAGGAGGAAGAGCCAAGAUCCCUGGAGCUCAGAGCUGGAGAAGGAUCUGGACUCUGGCCCAGUGGCCCUAAACUGGACUCUGCUGCUCGUCCAUGGCCCCCAAAAAGCCAGACCCCAAGAAGGACGAUGCCAAGGCAGCCCCCGCCCCGGCGCCCGCACCUGCGCCCACACCUGCACCAGAGCCUGAGCGCCCCAAGGAAGCUGAGUUUGAUGCGUCCAAAAUCAAGAUCGAGUUUACACCGGAGCAGAUUGAAGAGUUCAAGGAAGCCUUCAUGCUGUUCGACCGCACGCCCAAGUGCGAGAUGAAGAUCACGUACGGGCAGUGUGGGGAUGUCCUGCGGGCGCUGGGCCAGAACCCUACCCAGGCUGAGGUGCUCCGUGUCCUGGGGAAACCGAAGCAAGAAGAGCUCAGCAGCAAGAUGAUGGACUUUGACACCUUCCUGCCCAUGCUCCAGCACAUUGCCAAGAACAAGGACACGGGCACUUACGAGGACUUCGUCGAGGGGCUGCGUGUCUUCGACAAGGAGGGCAAUGGCACGGUCAUGGGCGCUGAGCUCCGCCACGUGCUGGCCACGCUAGGAGAGAGGCUCACUGAAGAUGAGGUGGACAAACUGAUGGCGGGGCAGGAAGACUCCAAUGGCUGCAUCAAUUAUGAAGCAUUUGUGAAGCACAUCAUGGCCAGCUGAGCCUCUCGUCCCAGUAAAGGAGAACCAGGAACCCAUGGGAACCAGGAGCCCAUGCUGGGGACAGCUCAUCUCCCACACAUGGUGCUGACGUCAGCCGCCUGGAGUUGCAGGGAGGAGGGAAGGGCCUCAAGACACCUACAGCAGCCCCCUCCACUGGCCCUGCAGACCUCUGGGUGCCUGUCAUCUCCCCCUACUGGCUGUGCAUUUCCGUCCUCUCCCAUGGUCCUGAAUAAAUGGCAUCUUUCUUUCCUUC